AUGGCGGUGGCUUUGGAUGCAAUCCUCGCUCGGAUCAAGGAUGUUUGUAAAAGGAAUGGUUUGCUCAUCCUCUCGGUGUUGUCCGUCACCAUCGGCUGUCUGCUCGGAUUCUUCCUGAGGACAAGGCGACUCUCCCAGCAGGAAAUUAGUUACUUCCAGUUUCCUGGUGAGUUACUGAUGAGGAUGCUGAAAAUGUUGAUUCUCCCACUAGUUGUCUCAAGUUUGAUGUCUGGGCUUGCAGCCCUGGAUGCCAAGACGUCCAGUCGGUUAGGUAUCAUAACCGUCACUUACUACCUGUGGACAACAUUUGUGGCUGUGAUUGUGGGAAUAAUUAUGGUCUCCAUUAUCCAUCCUGGUGGAGCAGCACAGAAGGAGAGCACUGAAGAGGGUGGAAAGCCCAUCAUGAGCUCUGCAGAUGCACUGCUUGACUUAAUCCGGAACAUGUUUCCAGCCAAUCUUGUUGAGGCCACAUUCAAGCAGUAUCGCACCAGGAGUAUUCCCAUCAUUAAAUCCAACAAAGCAUCAUCUGAAAGUACCACUCGUCGCAUUAUAAUAUAUGGAGUCCAGGACGAGAAUGGAUCCAAUGUCCAGAAUUUUGCCUUGGAUAUCACUCCCCCUCCUGAAGUGAUUUACAAAUCUGAACCAGGCACUAGUGACGGCAUGAAUGUACUAGGGAUUGUGAUAUUCUCUGCCACAAUGGGGAUAAUGUUGGGACGAAUGGGGGACAGUGGAGUUCCUUUGGUCAGCUUUUGCCAGUGUUUGAAUGAAUCUGUCAUGAAGAUAGUGGCGGUUGCUGUUUGGUAUUUUCCUUUUGGAAUUGUGUUCCUAAUUGCUGGCAAAAUCCUAGAAAUGGAUGACCCCUCAGCCAUUGGGAAGAAGUUGGGUUUCUAUGCCAUUACGGUGGUGUGUGGCCUAGUGGUGCAUGGGCUCUUUAUUCUGCCAAUGAUGUACUUCUUCAUCACCAAGAAGAAUCCCAUUGUCUUCCUCAGAGGGAUCCUUCAAGCCUUGCUCAUUGCUCUGGCCACAUCCUCCAGCUCAGCCACACUGCCUAUCACUUUCAAGUGCUUGUUGGAGAACAACCACGUGGACAGGAGGAUUGCAAGGUUUGUGCUGCCCGUGGGAGCCACCAUCAACAUGGACGGGACAGCUCUCUACGAGGCCGUGGCUGCAAUCUUUAUUGCACAAGUAAACAACUAUGAGCUGGACUUUGGGCAGAUUAUUACUAUAAGGUAUAAACCUCAAAUCCUACAUUCUGUCAUUUGCUU